UAUACGUUUUAAGGGGGUGGUGUUUCCUUACGAUACUCUUAAAACCCUAUCACAAUCGGACGGUUCAAAAAUCAACACUCUUAAACCCUGAUUCUCUUUCACUACGCAGCGCGAAUUCCCGGCAUUCACCGCCGGCGAACGGUUACUGAAGGUCGCGCUAUGUCCAUUAAGCUCCCUCUUCAGCUCCGCUUUCUCGGCCCAUCUUUUUCAGCCACCCGUCUUCCCCCCAUGAAAUCUCUCCUAUCAGUUACAUCCUCCCGGGGCGUCCCCAUUUUGUCUCGGAUCUUCCCCUUUAGACUCAAAUACGUGGGUUUUGGCCCUUAUCCCAAUUCGCAGGUAGGUGUUCGCCGAUUCUCGACUCGGCCAUUUCGACCCAGACAUGGGUCAGGCUCCCAGUUCAGACGCGGCGAACGUGACAGAGGAGAUGUGGGAGCUUCAAAGAGUCUGAUUGAAGAUGAAGCUGAACUCAGUGACUGGGUCAGCGAGUUGAGUACCAGCUCUUUCCGUGGCCGAGUCACGGAUGGCGAGUCAGAUUCUGAUAUCUCUCGUGAUAGAGUCAGCAGCGGCAGAGAUAGGGACAGGGGCCAAGGUAGAAAUAGAGAAAUAGGAAGGGAAAGAGGUAGAGAUAGAGAUGGCUUUUCAACGAAGAGAAGAAGGAACGAUAUCUCGGACGAGUUUGGCCAGCCAGAUAGGAGGAGACCCCGAGGUCAAGCUGAUUCGUUUUCGAGGAAUUCACGGGUAAGCAAGCGCUAUGACAUUGAUCGGGAGAAAUUCACUUUUCAGCGAAAGAAAGUUAGUAAUACCGGCAUAAUGAAUGGAACGAGAGGAGAUGGAGGGGUGAAUUCAGGGUUUAGGAGAGAUGUGAAGGGGUUAAGGGAACAAAGGGGUUUUUGUGUUGAUGAGGAAGAUGAUAGGGACAUUGAUGACAAUAAUGGGGAUGAGAGGAAGGAGUUAAUGGGUCGUCUUCAGGAUUUGGCUGAUGAGGAGGAGAGUGAUGAUCUUGAUGAAGAUGAUCAUGAUAAUGAUAUAUUAAAGAUAAAUGAAUCUUCUUCGUUUGGAUUGGACGGGAAAGAUAGGCCAAGCUCCCCUGGAAAUUUCAAUUCUUAUUUAAGCGAGUCUAGAUUUGAUCAGUGCUCAAUUUCUCCAUUGUCAUUAAAGGGAAUCAAGGAUGCAGGAUAUGAGAAAAUGACUGUAGUUCAGGAGGCCACUCUUCCAGUUAUACUCAAAGGUAAGGAUGUUCUUGCUAAGGCUAAAACUGGAACUGGGAAAACUGUAGCAUUUUUGCUUCCAGCAAUCGAAAUAAUUGUCAAAUCUCCUCCUAUCAGUCGUGAUCAAAAACGGCCACCAAUACUUGUGCUUGUUAUAUGCCCAACUCGGGAACUUGCAAGUCAAGCUGCUGCAGAAGCAAACACCUUAUUAAAGUACCACCCUUCUAUUGGUGCUCAAGUUGUGAUGGGAGGUACAAGACUUGCUCUUGAGCAGAAGCAAAUGCAAGCAAACCCUUGCCAGAUUCUUGUUGCUACACCUGGAAGGCUUAGAGACCAUACUGAGAAUACUGCAGGUUUCGCAACAAGGCUGAUGGGUGUGAAAGUCCUUGUACUUGAUGAAGCUGAUCGUUUGCUAGACAUGGGCUUCCGUAAAGACAUCGAGAAAAUAAUUGCUGCUAUUCCAAAACAAAGGCAAACACUUCUGUUUUCUGCCACAGUUCCCGAAGAGGUUCGUCAAAUCUGUCACUUUGCUUUGAAAAGAGAUCAUAAAUUCAUCAAUACAGUUGAAGAAGGAGCUGAGGAGACUAAUUCACAGGUCAGGCAGACACAUCUGGUUGCUCCAUUAGACAAGCAUUUCCCCCUGUUAUAUGUCCUUCUGAAGGAUCAUAUCGCAGACAAUAUUGAUUUUAAGGUUAUUAUAUUUUGUACAACUGCUAUGGUCACAAGAAUGGUAGCUGACCUUCUUGGUGAACUUAGCUUGAAUGUUAGAGAGAUCCAUUCCAGAAAGUCCCAGAGUUACAGGACCAAGGUUUCUGAUGAAUUCCGCAAGUCAAAUGGUCUUAUUCUUGUGACUUCAGACGUGUCUGCCCGUGGAGUUGAUUAUCCUGAUGUUACUCUUGUCAUACAGGUGGGCUUGCCAUCUGAUAGAGAACAGUACAUCCAUCGACUUGGUAGAACCGGUCGGAAAGGUAAAGAAGGACAAGGCAUCUUGCUACUCGCACCCUGGGAAGAAUCAUUCUUAUCCACCAUCAAGGAAUUACCGAUCACGAAAGCUUCAGUCCCUUCAGUGGACCCAGAGACAAAGAAAAAGGUGGAACGGGCCCUGUCUCGUGUGGAGAUGAAGAGUAAAGAAGCAGCAUAUCAAGCCUGGUUAGGUUAUUACAAUUCCAGCAAGCUGGUGGGUAGGGACAAAUACAGGCUUGUGGAGCUCGCUAAUGAGUUCAGCCGAAGUAUGGGACUUGACAACCCUCCUGCCAUACCCAAGCUUGUUCUUGGCAAGAUGGGCCUCAGGAAUAUCCCUGGUUUGCGCUCCAAGUAGUUUGGGCAACUAAACGCGCUGUAGGUAAACAUAGCUAGCAAAUUGUUGAGCAAUUUCCUUAUGAGUUUGAAUUUGCUUAUUUGCUAAGUAUGUGAAAGUUCCUAAUUUUUUUUAGGUGUUUUAAAUGUAAAUUCCUAAAUUGUCAAAAGUUUGAAGAGAACCUGAUACGACCUGCUAACCUUUGUUCAAGAUACGACUCUUGCAAGGUCAAACUAAGUUCCAGUUUUAGGCUCCCUGUUCUUUAAUUUUUAAUUUGAACAAUUUAAAUGGAAGAAUUCAAUUUUAUUCAUUUAAUAGCAUUAAUUUAAUUGUUUGUGA